ACGAAGGCAUAGAGGGACAACAGCUCUUUGAAGAUGGAUCUGAAGGAGGACUUGGAGGCGGUGGUCUCGCGGCUGGAGCUCGGGCACUGGGAGGAGGUGGACCGUCCACACAAUGCAGAGAGCUCCACACCGCUUAUCAGUGCCUGCCAGAGGGGCCUGCACAGGAUAAUGCACACCCUUCUGGAGCAUGCAGCCGAUGUCACGCUGUGUAACCAGAGCAACCAGACAGCUAUGCAUGUGUGCCAUCCCAAGCUCCAAGAGGAGCUGCUGUUGGCCAUGUUCAGGCCGCUGCCUCCCCAGGCACAACUCCGACAGGCUUGCUGGCAGGGGAACCUCCACCUGCUGCAGCACUGGCUGGCUCAGAACAAGUGUGUGGACGUGAAUGCACCAAACAGGGAUGGGCUAACCCCUCUCAUGCUAGCUGUGAGAGAUGUUGACCUGUUUGAAAGUCUGGACAUAAGUCUACCGUGGGAACACAAUCCACUGGGAGUAGUGGAGGAGCUACUGACCGCUUCUGCGUAA